AUGGGGGUUAUCGCCAUGAAUUAUAGCAUGGUCACAUCAGUGAAACCCACUACCUAUCUAGAAGCUACUACAUUGGCGAAAUCAUUAGCGGAUGACGCUGCUCGCAAAGGAGAUUCAAGGAAGCGUAAGUCCGAGAGCUCGAGGAAGGAGACCGAUGAGAAGCGUGAUAGGAAACGCAGUUCGGGGAAGGCGUAUGUAGCAAAUUCUAGCAGUUCUAGAAGGGAUAAUGCAAGGGAUGGCAGGAGUAAUUCUGAGAAGAAGACUCACGAGGAUGAGCAGAGAAAGUGCGCCAGGUGUGGUCGAACUGGGCAUGUUAUCCGCGAGUGCUAUGCUAAACGUACUUCGGAGGGAGCGAAGCUAGAGGGAUGCUUCCAGUGCGGUGAACAGGGACAUAUCAAGAGGGAUUGUCCUAAAGCAAAGGGUCAGAAUGCCAGGGGUAGAGCGUUCGAGCUAAACUCCGGAACGGCACGUGACGAUCCUGCUGUUGUUACUGCUAUGUUUUUUAUCAAUAACCAUUCUGCCUUCGUACUCUUUGAUACUGGGGCUGACUUGAGUUUUGUUUCGAAAAACUUUGAACCAUUUCUGUGUUCUCCAUCAAGUAAGCUAAGUAAAAAGUACUCGAUAGAACUAGCAAAUGGUAAAUUGAUAGAGACUAGUAAAGUCGUUCGUGGUUGUAGUAUUCGAUUAAACAAUCAUAGUUUUAGUAUCGACCUAUUGCCAGUGGAGCUGGGUAGUUUUGAUGUAGUUAUGGGGAUGGAUUUGUUAUCCAAGCUGAGAUUAUUUGCUCAGAAAAGCAAGUGA